AUGUCUGGAAUUGGUAACAUCAUGUUCCUUGAGAGCACGCCGAAUCAGAGCAGUCAGAGCACUCCAUGGAAUUGCUCUUGCUGCGACCUUGAGAGAAUGGAUUCUGGUCAAUCAGCUGCGACAAAUGCUUCUAGCCAGUCCGGAACCAAUGUAGACGGAGAUGCUCAACAAACAGCAGUUUCCGGGUCCGAAGAGGUAUGGGAUGAAGCAAAACUCGAGCAGGCGAUGAAAACUUUAAAGGAAAUGCAUAUUCAAUGUCGCAAUAUACGAUCUACAAUCCCGAGACUGCUUACUCCAUUGGCAACUAAGCAGCAAUCACCCGAGAAGCUCUUUUCUUCUUUUCAGCAAGCAGCUACCACUUCAAAUAAAGAAGUACGGGAUUUCACACGGCUGAUGAAAGAUGAAGAAAGUGUGAAGCUCUUUGAGCAUGCAAAGAAGAGUCGAGCCGAGAAUCCACAUGGGAUAAAACCUUGGAGAGUCACACAACACCCUGAUUGGCUUGAUGGAGAUACAUGA